AUGUCCAACAGCAGCUCCAUCAGGCACUUCCUCCUGCUGGCAUUGGCAGACACGCGGCAGCUGCAGCUCCUGCACUUCUGCCUCUUGCUGGGCAUCUCCCUGGCUGCCCUCCUGGGCAACGGCCUCAUCAUCAGUGCCGUAGCCUGCGGCCACCACCUGCACACACCCAUGUUUUUCUUCCUGCUCAGCCUGGCCCUCAGCGACCUUGGCUCCAUCUGCACCACUGUCCCCAAAGCCAUGCACAAUUCCCUCUGGGACACCAGGAACAUCUCCUACAUAGGAUGUGCCACACAACUCUUUCUGAUUUACUUCUUCCUUGGAUCACAGUUUUAUUUCCUGACUAUCAUGUGCUACGACCGCUACGUGUCCAUCUGCAAACCCCUGCACUACGGGACCCUCCUGGGCAGCAGAGCUUGUGCCCACUUGGCAGCAACUGCCUGGGCCAUUGCCUUACUCACUGCUCUCAUGCACACGGCCAAUACAUUUUCCCUUCCACUGUGUUAUGGCAAUGCCGUGGGCCAGUUCUUCUGUGAAAUCCCACAGAUCCUCAAGCUUUCCUGCUCAAAAUUCUACCUCAGGGAACUGGGGCUCAUUGCUAUUAGUUCCUGUUUAGCAUUUGGUUGUUUCAUGUUCAUUGUUUUCUCUUAUGUGCAAAUCUUCAGGGCUGUGCUGAGGAUCCCCUCUGAGCAUGGACGGCACAAAGCCUUUUCCACCUGCCUCCCUCACCUGGCCGUGGUCUCUCUGUUCCUCAGCACUGUUAUCUUUGCUCACCUGAAGCCCCCCUCCAUGUUCUCCCCAUCCCUGGAUGUGGCCCUGUCAGUUCUGUACUCGGUGUUGCCUCCAGCCCUGAACCCCCUCAUCUACGGCCUGAGGAACCAGGAGCUCAAGGCUGCAGUGUGGAGACUGACAACUGGAUGCUUUCAGGAACAUUAA